AUGCGGCCCCACCUCAGUCUCCUGGCAAUAUGCACUGCGGGCUUAUCAGCGUCAGCGGUAGCAAAGAGUUCACCAGUUGAAUACAGCACCGAACCCGGUUACAAGAACGCCAACCACAUCUUCAACACUAUUCAAGAUUCCAUGCGUCAGUGGGGUUCCUCACUGCAUCAUAACGGCGUUUCCUUCUUCCUAGCGACUGUUCCUGCGGGAACUCAGUUCUACCAUGGAACCUCCAGAUCGAGCUUCAUAAACGGUACCGAGUGGCUUGCUUUUGAGCCUGAGCAUGCGAUGAACUUUGCGCGCCCGCAUAUGGGUCGCCCGCGACACGACGAUGAUGAUAAAAAGGAUGGAGAAGGGGAUAAGGGACCAACCCAUGAGGAACUUCGGCGAAAGUCGAAUACUCCCCCAGUUGAGGAUGCGCAAAUUGAUGAGGAUGCUAAGGGUUACCUGCAUACUUAUGCGGCUGCGAAACAUCUUCGUCUCUUGUAUAUUGAUGGCAUGUCUGCUGGAAAGACGCAAAAGGGUACGCUUGACUCGCAGGAUGUGCUUCUUUUCAAUAACACUAUUGGAAAUGGUGAUCGUGAUGGCUCUAAGGGUCCGGGUCCUAUGGGCGAGCGUGAACGAGCGCUGGAAGCAUGUGAACUCGCGGAGAAUGAUUGGGCUGGUCGUAUCGAUGGUGUGCUUCGAAUGGAAGCUGGAUUUGAAGUCAUUUUGUGUGAUUUCGAACGCGAUCUUAGUCUGGUCAAUAUUGUUCAGGUGAACUCUGAGUCCAGCGAGAGAGGUCCUGGCCCCAAGCAUGAUGAUGAUGGUCGUCCUCCAUUUGAUGAUGGAAAGCGUCCCAAGGGUCCCGGUGGCCCAGGUGGUGGAGGUCCUGAUUCAUCGCGAUGGGCUCGUGCCGUUGCUGCUCGAUACACUGGUAUUGGCGGCCACCGAGUCUUCCUGAACUACGACAACUUCAUCAGCGCAUUCACAUACGGUCUUGAUCUUUUCCCUAACGAUGCCAUCCACCCUCGUCUUGACCACCUUUCUUACGCGGACUUGGAACCUAUUCGACGAGACCUCACCGCCACUAUUCUCACUCACGACCCCCGAGAGUUCUCCUGGGAUUGGCAAGCCACCACUGAUAUGGUCAUCACGCGAUACAGUGAGGAGCUUUCUUACUUUGCCUCUGAGCGAAUGACAUCUCUCCAGGCGCUGCGUUCUCAAAUUGGGAUGCUCCUGGAACCAUUCGUGGACUACAGUGGGCGUAACGCUGCGAAUGAGGUUGAGAGAUGUGCUAUCCAGUUUAUUCCUCUCCCGUACCAGGAAUUCCCCACCAUCCCUGCUCGCGCAGUGCAUGGUGUCACCCACAGCAUCUGUGCUACUUUGCUUGAGGCUGCUGCUGAGUCGGAUUUGACUUCUGCGCAGAAGCGUAUCAAGGAGCUUAUGGAGUACCUGGAUUGGACGACUUGGAAGCACUGCCGUGGUUGUCAGGAUAAUGAGAUCUGUGUUAUCCCUAUCUGGCCUAUGGGUUCAGUUGAGGAUUAUGCGCACCCACAGUGCAAGGAUGCUCUGCAACCCUACAACUCGAGUGAGGAAAACUACUGGGGAGGAUUCCAAUAG